AUGGAAAAGAAAUUUGAAGAACCUGUUUAUAAACCGAAUAUUUCUCCACUAUCAAUUGAUAUUCUUCGACAAAUCUCAUUAAUUCUUAAAGGACAAGAUAAUGAAUGUUUAUAUUCCUUUGUACACAAGUCAUAUGAAUCAUUAUUAGUAGUUGAAGGAUGGGUGUGGAAAGUACUCAGUAGUGGUUAUUUUGAUGAAUGGAUCAACGAAGAACAUUAUCAAGAGUUCUUUUAUGCUGUUGCAUCAUUCAACAAGAACCUAAUUUUCAACAAUGAUGAUAUUGAACUAAAUGUUAAGGCUGCACUUCUUUUAUCAGUUAGCACUGAUCAAGUGAGUUCUAUUUUCAAACAAAUCGAUCAAACUGACAAUGAUAAUGAAAUGUUUAUCGCUGUUGCUUCUCUUUGGUUUGAUAAUCAUUCAUGUUUCAUACAUUAUAAUCCUCCUGCCCAUGCAUUCCCUAUCACGGAUCAUAUCAAUCAAUAUAUUCUACAUAACUAUAUACUAUGCAAACAAUACAAAACUUAUUUAAAUGAACUGUCACAAUCUAUGAUAUCACAAUCUGUAUUCACUGCUAAAAUGUUAUUCUACAUUAGAACAUGUUCAUUUUCUAUAUUUUCUUAUAUAAAUCCGAAUACUCAUAAGAUUCUAUGUACUGCUGAUGAUUUGGUUCAUUGGAUUCGAGAUGACUAUUUGCAGAUAGUUCAUAUUCAUAGUCGUACUGUAGCAUUAUGGAGCAAGGAACUAUUAGGAUGUAUGACUCAGUUAAUUUCUUUUGUUGGUGGACUGUGCUGGUGGGACGGACAUUCCAAAAAACAGAUUAAAGUUCUAUUUAUUACAGAACAGAUUAUUUAUGAUCAUAUAGAAGAUCUCAUACGAAUUAUUGAUUACAGACCAUUCCAUAAAGAAAUGAAAUCUGUACGAUCAAAUGAUGAGACGAGCAUCAUGGAUGCAGCUUUGAUGAUUUUAAUGCGUAUGGUACAAACGGAAAAUAUUAGUUGGUUUUUUCGUUCAAAUGUAUCAAUACAAAAUGCGCUGUCAACUCUAGGCGAAGAAGCGCUAUACGACGAGAUUGGUUUAAGCGUAUAUGGUAUAUUAGGCAAAGUUUUGAGUGAUGAACAACUUAAAAAAUUGAAGAUUGCAAAUAAUAUGGGUGGGUUUUUCUUUAAUAUGCUUGAACAAGCUUGGCGUCAUCCAUUAAAAAAAUACAGACAAAUACGAAUCGAACAUUUAUUGCAAGGUAACUAUAUUAUUAUAUAG